AUGAAUGCUGAAAGACUGGUUCUGCAUUCUUUUCUGCUGAUCCUCCAAGUCAUUUUUUGCACUUCCAAGGACUCCAUAAACACCAACCAGUUCGUCAAAGAUGGUGAAUUUUUGAUAUCCAAAGGAAAUAAUUUUGCACUUGGAUUUUUCAGUCCGGGAAAAUCUAGUAAUAGGUAUCUUGGAAUUUGGUACUAUAAAAUACCAGAUCAAACGGUGGUGUGGGUAGCAAACAGGAACAAUCCAAUCAUUGGCUCGUCAGGGGUUUUGUCAUUUGAUAAAUAUGGAAACCUCGUUCUGUACAGUGACAGCAAUCAAAAUGUUUCAGUAUGGUCUGCAAAUGUUUCAGGGGAAGAAGCUGAUACUUCUGUAGCUCAGCUUUUAGAUUCAGGAAAUCUUAUUUUGGUUCAAGAAAGUGGAAACAUCGUUUGGCAAAGCUUUCAUUAUCCAACACACUAUGCAUUACCAGGAAUGAAAAUUGGGCUGGAUCUAAGAACAGGUCUUGAUAGGUUCCUAACAUCGUGGAGAUCAGCUGACGACCCUGGAGUUGGAGACUACUCAUUUAAGGUUAACCCCAGUGGUUCCCCACAAUUCUUUCUCUACAAAGGUGAAAAACGUGUCUCGCGAACUUCUCCGUGGCCUUGGAGACCACUUAGGAAUAUAUACAACGCUAAAUUUGUAAAUGAUCAAGAUGAGAUAGGCAUCACAUCCGUUAUCCCUGAUGAUGAUUCUAUUAUGGGAAGGCUAUUAGUGGAUCAUUCGGGAUUUGUUAAAUCAGUAAAAUGGGAUGAAAGCGAUGGCCAGUGGAAGGAGGUUUGGAGGGCACCUCGGUCUCAGUGCGACUCGUAUGGAUGGUGUGGUGCUUAUAGCACUUGUGAACCUACUGAUAUUAACAAAUUCGAAUGUAGUUGUUUACCUGGGUACGAGCCCAAGAAUCCAAGUGAUUGGCUGCUGAGAAACGGAUCCGCUGGUUGUGUCAGGAAGCGGCUAGAGUCUUCCUCGGUGUGCAUGCAUGGAGAAGGGUUUGUGAAGGUGGAGAUUGUAUUUCUUCCUGAUACUUCAGCAGCAGUUUGGGUGGAUAUGAGCACGAGUCAGGCUAACUGUGAACGGGAAUGCAAAAGGAAUUGUUCAUGUUCGGCAUACGCAAGUAUAGAUAUUCCCGACAAAGGGAGAGGUUGUUUGACAUGGUAUGGAGAAUUAAGAGACGCAGUUCGAUUUAAAAUGAGUGACAGAUAUGAACUGUAUGUUCGUGUUGAUACAAUUGAAUUAGCUGAGAAUGCAAGGAAAUCAAAUGACUUUCUUGGAAAGGAGAUUUCCGCCAUUCUAAUACCCUCUGUUGCUUCAGCUUUGCUGGUAGUUAGCAUACGUGCGUAUUUUUGGCUUAAGAAGAGAGGAAAUAAAGGUAAGACAGAGCAAGCACUUCUAAGCAGAGUGGAUAAAGUGAUUAGGAAGAAGUUAAAAUCUGAAAUAUAA